AUCUACAUCUGCAAUCUAAAUAGUCGCUCCAACCAUCCAGCACAAUCAUUCUCUUGCCAAUACAACAACCAGCAGUAGUGACCAGCGAGACAAAUCUUCCAAGACUCGAUCGAACUCCUUAAGAUCUUCACCAAUCACCCUUCCAAACCGAUAAGAUGGCGUUGACUCCCGCAAAAGAACACACUAUUCUUAAAAUUUGUCAUGCCCUCCAAUUCUGCGUUAUCGCUGCAGUUCUGGGGAUCUCUGCAUACAGAAUGAUGAAUCCAGGACUCGUCACCAGCCGAAAUGACACCAUGGUUAUGGGUAUCGUAAGUUUAUGUCCUUACCUUUGGUCCACUCUCCAGCCACUAAUACAAUAUCAAACAGGCAGCGAAAGGUCUCAUAAUCAUGGCAUACAUGAUCUACACUGAAAAAUGCCAAAAUCUCAAAAAAUGGUCCUCCAUCAAAGCGAAUUUCAUCCUCUCCUGCACAGAAGUUGUCUUCUGGGCAGCCGGAGCGAUCCUACCCUUCAUGAAUGUCUCAAAAUGUAUUCCUGGCUUGGGUUGUUAUUUGGUAUACAUCAUGAUCGGUCUUGCAGCUGUCAACUGGUAAGCUCCCGAGAAACUCAUCCAAAUAUUACAUGAAUAGAAUACUAAUGAGGAUGUAAACAGUCAACUUGCUAUCCCCGUCUGCUGGAUUACAUGGAGACACUGGCAAUACUUCAAGCGAAACGGUGUCAUGCCAGGAAAUGGCAAAGGCGAGCAAAUCAAGGACGAAUACAACCUCGAGGCCGGCUCAACACACCGUUCAGUCCAAAAGUGAAGCGAUUCUUCAUAGAGCCAUCACUUUUCAGCGUAGUGGGUUAUGGAACCUUCAUCUGGUUCACGGAUUUGGGUGCGAGGGAUUUAGACCCUUGCGAAGCAGGACUUCUGGGGAGGACAUGCGCACUAGGCGGAGGAUAUGAAGACAUCAGAUUGGAUACAAUUUACGAAAUUUGGCGUAACGAUGCAGGUUUUGGGUUUUGCAAAUUUCAGGGAAUGGCGCAAAAAAGGAUAAUGGACAGUCUACAGAAGACUCAGUCAGGGGAUUUAGAACAGGGCUUAUAUCUUUUAUUUUAUUGGGAAAGAGCCGGCGAAGAGAAGCCUGGAGAUUUGAU